AUGGCCGCCCGGGGCCCGUAUGGGUCAGAGCGUGGACCCAGAGACAGAGAAGAAAAAACACAGAACAAUAAAACAUACCUUCCAGGAGGUAGAGCAGCACGAGAGGCAAGGAGGGCAAAAUGCAGUCUAGCGAGACCGUGCACAAAAAACUUAAAAGAAACAGAUUAGACAAGGCCACGGAGCCAGAGGGAACCGGAACCUGGACAGGAAAAACCCCAACUUCAGAAAUCAGAAAAACCACCCUAAGGCUUAAGUCCAAUGUACGUAAUUAUUAAAAAACAUACGAAUUAUAUAAAAUUUAAUGAUGAAUUUUUAAUUUUGUGAAACUGUCCCUUUAAGAGAUAGCCUGACAACCAGCGUUAGUGUAUAUAUAUAUAUAUAGGUUAUUAUUUAUUCACUUUUUUAUAUAUAUAUAUAUAUAUAUAUAUAUUUAAAAAGCAUUGUAACGAAUGUAACAACAGAAACCACCCGUAGGGGUCGGACAGGAAACAGACAUACCCAACCACGACGAGAGGAGACAGUACAGCGUUCGGAAAGAAGAAAAACCCGAAAGCCCAGGAAAAGAAAAUAGAGGCGUUCGCGGGGAAAAGGAGCGACAGCCAAAUAGGCACAGGAACACCAAAGGGAAGGUAAGCUUGAAACAUGCGAAAAGAGAAACUCCCGUACGGCGAGACCCGUUCGGAAGAAAAACACACAAAAUAUAGGAGAACCCAGGGGAGAGGUUGAAAUAGUGCAGGGGACGGACCCACGCCGCGAGGACGUCGAUGGAGUGCGACCAUGGCGCGACGGCAGGGUAAGUAACUUACAGCACCAUGGAGCUGAGAAGACGUGUGGCUGCAGGCUAGGGGCGACAGGAGCCAGACCGGAACACAGCCACAACACAGGGUCGGACGGCUGGAACGAGAGCCACGAGGAGCAGGAAAGGAGCAAAGAGGUAAGGCGACCGGAACCAGCAUCAAGCAACGCUAAGGAACGAACGGGACAGGUGGAGGUGAGUAAUGUGCUUAAAUAG